GUUUACUGUUAUUGACCGUUCUUUGUUCGAUGAAGAGAUUAUUGCGGAACUAAUAAAAUGAUUUGGAAGAGUUUAAUUAAGGCGGUACUCCUUUUGAGUGCCCUAUAUACCACGCCCACAAAUGGGGAGAAAUAUCCUGUUGUCAUGUGGCACGGAAUGGGGGAUACCUGCUGUUUCGCCUUCAGUUUGGGUUCAAUUAAAAAAAUAUUAGAAGAUAACCUAAAUCAAACCUAUGUUAGAUCAUUGCAGAUAGGAGGUAACAUAGUAAUGGAUUAUCAAAGUGGAUUUUUUAUACAUCCAAACCAGCAGGUGGAUUACGUUUGUCAACAGUUGGCCAAAGACGAAAGAUUGAGUAAAGGUUACAAUGCCAUUGGGUUCAGUCAAGGGGGACAAUUUUUACGAGCUUUAGCUCAACGCUGUCCCCUGCCACCCAUGAAGGUUUUAAUAACAUUGGGUGGCCAACAUCAAGGUGUAUUUGGUUUGCCCAAAUGUCCCUCGUUGUCGUCGCGUACUUGUGAAUUAAUGCGAAAAAUUUUAAAUAAGGCCGCCUAUGAGGAAUGGCCACAAUUGAAUUUUGUGCAAGCUACUUAUUGGCAUGAUCCGUUGAAAGAAAGGGAAUAUAUAGCUCACAGCAGCUUUUUGGCUGACAUUAACAAUGAGGUCUAUGUAAAUGGCUUGUAUGCGGACAACUUAAAUCGUUUGGACAAAUUUGUAAUGGUUAAAUUCUUAAAUGAUACAAUUGUACAGCCCAAAGAAUCACAAUGGUUUGAAUUCUAUAAACCAGGGCAGGAUAAAGAGAUUUUACCUCUAAAACAGAGCAAAGUUUAUGAGCAGCUCUCCCUAAAGCAAAUGGACAUCAACAAUAAAUUAGUUUUUCUGGCUGUUGAAGGCGACCAUUUGCAAAUCGACAAAGAAUGGUUUUUGCAAAACAUCAUACCUUUACUCAGUGCUGAAAGAGAUUAAACUCUACCCGGGGAAUUUAUUAUUCUUUUAAUUAUUGUAUAAAAUAUAUAAUUAUAAUCUGGUAUAUAACAAGGUCUGAUUUAUAUAAGUUAUUAGUUUAAUUUUGGGAGAAGUGUUAAAGAAAAUAAAAUCAUAAUGGUUUAGAAAA